UCAAGGGAGGUAAUCAAUAUAUAAAAGCAAAUAGCAAGUAACAGCAGGUUGUCUUUCUUAACUCAUUGAAGCAUUUAUUUCUAUAAAUAGAAAGUGGAAUUUCCAUUGAACACAUUAUGUUUUGUUGAAACAAAGUUAUACAUGAUGGAUAAUGCUGUAAAUGGGAACCUAUCCAUCAGGACAUUUCACAUACAUGACCAUCUCGGUUACAGUCCAGAAAUGGUACAUAACAGGCGUCUACUUUACUGGGAGAGAGACUUAAAGGGCAACAGCGUUAAUGAUGAAUACAUUGCAACAACGGCUGGUAGUAAAGGCGAAGGGUUUUCUUCACCCACUGAGAGUGACAUCGAUGUUCUGUACACUUUUAAACAUAUACUAUGUAUGAACAAUGCUGGUGUAUCUGAUGAUAAAAAUGAUACCAUAUUUCAAAUGGAAAAUGAAAAAUGUCAUCCAGGACAUUUUGAACUUAAGUUUCAUCAACAAUCCAAUGAUGAUACCAAAAAUAUACCAAAUUUACACAAAGCAAUGGUUAAACAAGAAAAAGACAGUACGUACAUAUCAAGUGAGCUGUUUAGGAAACUCAUUUCAGAAUCUACCAACAAAGUAAUGCACCAAGAUUUUUCUGCUGAAAAUUUAGCAGGCCCAGCCAUUCCCCAUUCUAAAGGCCUUGUAAGAUUAGAGAGGGUAUUUGCUUUUCGAUGCCCUCACCCACAAGCAAUUCUCACCAACUGGAUUAAGAGGGUUCGUCCCUAUAACUGGCCCCCAGCUUGGCUAAUAGAAGAAGUUGCAAAACAAGAAGCUCAACUGGUACCAGUUGGUUGCAAAGGCAGCAAAAAUAAUGCCAUGGAGUGGCGUAUCUGCUUCAUACCAGGUGAACUUCUACUGACAAAGAGUUUGAACGAGACACAGUACAAGCUGUACAUUGUUUUGAAACAGGUCAAUAAAAGCCAGCUUAAGCCAAUUUGCCAGGAGAUGUCUUCAUACAUCAUGAAAAACAUUGUUUACUGGAUAGUUGAAACCAACCCAAGAGACAUAUUCUAUCCGGAAAAUAUACUACUCUUACUGGUUUCUUGCCUGACAAUGCUACUUCAGUCUGUCAAAGAAAACUGCCUAAGGUACUACAUGAUACCUGACAGAAACCUUCUCAAAGACCGAAUAACUGAUGAAGAACAGGUGAAACUAAUCAAUAAAAUACAAGAACUCAUAGCUGAAGGCCCUGCGUUAGUUCUCAGGGUAGAAAGACUCAAGACUGCCCUAGAAACUGCAGAAGAUGAACUAGUUGCAAAAGGACAUAGAAAAGACAGACUUGAAAUAUUGGACCUUGUCAGGGGAAACAUAGAGGCCAAACACUGCAGACCAGACCUCAGUCAUAAAGAAGAACAUGCUUUGGUGAGAGGGGACCCAGAGUAUAAAAGCGUGUUAGAGAGAAUGUGCGACUUAGUCUUGACAGAGUGGCGACAAUGUCCCGAGGAGGACAGGGAGGAAAUAUUACAUCGGAAAGUUGAACAGGCAUUGGCUUGUAACUGAUACAGAUGGGGGUUCAGAUUUAACAGAUAUCAUAGAUCUUGUUUAUAUAAACUUGUAUUUGAUUGGAGAAAAUAGAUCAUGUUUAGUUACCUUUCUUCUGUCCUUAUAUUUGUCUUC